AUGUUCAGACCACGUCACGGGCAUCGCGCUGUUGCCAUCAAAGAUCUGAUGGUUGUUUUUGGUGGUGGAAACGAGGGAAUCGUUGAUGAACUUCAUGUUUUUAACACCACGACUAAGCAGUGGUUCGUUCCCUCAGUCAGAGGUGAGAUUCCAAGUGGAUGUGCGGCGUACGGUAUUGUUUGCAAUGGCACACACAUUUUCACGUUCGGAGGAAUGGUGGAAUAUGGGCGAUAUACGAAUGACCUGUACGAAUUACAAGCAGCGCGAUGGGAAUGGCGAAAACUGCGUCCGCGUCCUCCUCGUACUGGAGGCUCCGGUCCCUGCCCUCGGCUUGGCCAUUCAUUCUCUUUAGCAAGCAAUCAGGUCUCGCUAACGAUUCGCCUGAUCCCAAACAGAAUUCUUCUACAUAUCUCGGACGACUUCUUUUCACUAGACAUUCGCGGCCCCGUAGGAUCACUCCAGUGGGAACAGCCUGUGACCUACGGUAUGCGUCCUUCGGCUAGAGAGUCACACACGGCAGUUGUGCUUGAAACAGACUCUCGUCGCCAACUGAUCAUAUACGGCGGUAUGAACGGAUCGCGGCUCAAUGAUGUUUGGAUACUUGACAUUGAUUCCAUGACUUGGGAUAGUCCUGUGAUAGGCGGUAUAGCUCCAAUGCCACGAUCUUUACACACUGCUAAUCUAAUAGGCCACAGGAUGUACAUUUACGGUGGUUGGGUUCCAAUGCAUGACGACAAUCAUGAAGGUGAAGUGAAGGAAUGGAAAUGCACAAAUGAUCUUUCAUGUCUUAACCUUGACACAAUGGUUUGGGAAAGUGCCUCACACGUAUUCGACGAAAAUAUGCCAAGAGCUAGGGCCGGCCACUGCUCCGCUGUAAUCAAUGAUCGAAUUUAUAUAUGGUCAGGAAGAGAUGGAUAUCGAAAAGCGUGGAACAACCAGGUGUGUUGCAAGGACAUGUGGUAUUUGGAGACAUCUGUUCCGGGAACACCAUCUCGCGUUCAGUUAGUGCGAGCCAGUGUUGCAGGACUUGAGGUAUCGUGGAGUUCUCUCCCAACUGCCGAAGCAUAUCUACUUCAACUGCAUAAGUAUGACUCCAACGUGCCUGUUCACAAAAUACUGGAGGACGAUGUUUCGAGACAACUUACCCCACUUGGCAAGGCGUCUUUACCGCCGCAAAAGAUGAUGAUGCAGAGAGGAACGCCGACAGGUGUCAUGAAGGUUGUGCGUGGUGCGGGACCUGGGCAACAAAUGUGUAGAGUUGAUGAGGGCAAGUACCCGGAGUACCGGGGGCUGCAGUCAACGCAGGUAAUGUACGUACAAGGUGGUGUCCCGGUUGGAACAUCUGCUGUUGUGUUGGCGAGAGGAGCAGCUCCCCUGGGAGCCGGAGUUGACCAGCCUGCUCCGCUUCCUAUAGCACCACAUCAGCAGCCAAGUAUAUCUACACAGGGUACAACAUACACUGCUCCCUCUAAUUCUCGUCCCCAUGACGAGGCUGCUCUUCCACAGAACUUGUUCGAUGAAUUACCAGCUGACGAGCAGUCCAGUCCUCCUUCUCCACCACCAAAACAGCGAACUGCCGAGAGCAGUGCUCCUUCUCUACCAGCAGAGGCUGAGCCUCCGCAGCUUUCUUUGGAAAGACCAUCGUCGCAAGAAGCGCCACAAGAUCCUCAGUGCUCGUCGGAAUCUACGGGAUCGACCGAAUCGCAGCCCAUGGUGCCUACGGAUCCAACGCAAGAUUCUACACCACCAGAUGCUAGUGAACCUUCAGCUAAGAAUUCGGGCGAAGUUCAGGAACCACAGCAACCUUCUCAGGAUGAAGGCUCCUCCAUAGUCAACGAUCCUACAGUCCAGAACUCAGUGUCGCAAGAACAAUCAUCCAGCAAUCAAGAGCAUCUUCAUCACUUCCGGCAGAUCCUCCUGUACCUGUUGCUCCAAGUACCGCAAUCCUCUCUAGCUGAAACUAGUGGAGGGGUCGAACAGCCCAUUCCCAGCACUUCCCAGACAUCACAACAAAUGGCAGCUGCUAAUGAGCAAAAUUUCAAUCAGUGUACCAAGCGUGAACCAUCAGAACCUCCUGCUGGAAAUCAUGGAAUGCCUGUCUAUCAGACUGUGAAACAGAGUCCUCCUGAAGAAGAGCAAUGGUAUGACGUGGGAAUAAUCAAAGGAACGUCAUGUCUCGUAACGCAUUACUUCUUGCCU